AUGGCAAUAGAAACAACACCGAACGACAUCGUUUACCGCUCCAAACUCCCCGACAUCCCCAUCCCAAAACACCUCCCUCUCCAUUCUUAUGUCUUCCAAGACAAGCACCACUUGAGCUCCAAGCCCUGCAUCAUCAAUGGCACCACCGGUGACAUCUAUUCGUACGCCGAUGUGGAGCUCAAAGCGCGAAGAGUCGCCUCCGGGCUCAACAAGCUCGGAGUCCAACAGGGCGACGUCAUCAUGCUCUUGCUCCCCAACUCCCCGGAAUACGUCUUCGCCUUCCUCGGAGCUUCUUUUCGCGGGGCCAUGACGACCGCAGCGAACCCUUUCUUCACUCCCGCGGAGAUCCUAAAGCAAGCCAAAGCCUCAAAGGCGAAGCUCAUCAUCACCUUGGCAUGUUACUACGACAAAGUGAAGGACUUAUCAUCAUCAUCAUCAUCAGCCGGUCAGGGUGAUGUUCAUGAUAUUAAGCUCAUGUGCGUCGACUCUCCACCUGAUCCCAGCUGCUUGCAUUUCUCUGAGCUUCUCCAAGCGGAUGAAAACGACAUGCCGGAGGUUGACAUCGACCCAAACGACGUCGUCGCCUUGCCAUACUCGUCCGGGACGACGGGGUUGCCGAAAGGGGUGAUGUUAACCCACAAGGGGCUCGUCACCAGCGUGGCCCAACAGGUGGAUGGGGAGAAUCCCAAUUUGUACUAUAGCAGUGACGACGUCGUUUUGUGCGUGCUCCCCCUUUUCCAUAUUUAUUCUUUGAACUCGGUGUUGCUUUGUGGACUAAGAGCUGGAGCUGCCAUUUUGAUGAUGAACAAGUUCGAGAUUGUUUCUCUGUUGGGGUUGAUCGAGAAGCACAAGGUUAGUAUUGCCCCCAUCGUGCCGCCGAUCGUGCUGGCGAUCGCCAAGUUCCCCGAUCUCGACAAGUACGACUUGUCGUCGAUUCGGGUGCUCAAGUGUGGAGGGGCACCUCUGGGGAAGGAGCUUGAGGAUACUGUGAGAGCCAAGUUUCCUAAUGUCACGCUUGGUCAGGGUUAUGGAAUGACAGAGGCAGGCCCAGUGUUGACAAUGUCAUUGGCAUUUGCCAAGCAACCCUUUGAGGUGAAGCCAGGGGGAUGUGGCACUGUCGUCAGAAAUGCACGACUCAAGAUCGUUGACCCUGAAACUGGAGCUUCUUUGCCACGCAACCAGCCUGGAGAGAUUUGCAUUAGAGGUGACCAAAUCAUGAAAGGUUAUCUUAAUGAUCCCGAGUCCACAAGGGCAACCAUAGACAAGGAAGGUUGGCUACAUACAGGCGAUAUAGGCUUCGUUGAUGAUGACGAAGAGCUCUUCAUUGUUGAUCGGUUGAAGGAACUCAUCAAAUACAAAGGGUUUCAAGUGGCCCCUGCUGAGCUUGAAGCCUUGCUCGUUACCCAUCCUAGUGUUUCUGAUGCUGCUGUUGUCCCAAUGAAGGAUGAGGCCGCUGGAGAAGUUCCGGUUGCAUUUGUAGUAAAGUCAAAAAAUGCUCAGAUCACUGAGGAUGAAAUCAAGCAAUUUAUCUCAAAACAGGUUGUAUUUUAUAAGAGAUUAAAUCGAGUAUUUUUCAUUGAAGCCAUUCCAAAGUCGCCAUCUGGCAAAAUCUUGCGGAAGGACUUGAGAGCAAAGCUUGCUACUGGGUUUCCAAAUUGA